CUUAAGCCUACACUAAACGACUUUCCAAAUCUCAGACUCGCUAUACUGCUCACACUAUCGUCUGUGAGCGGGUUUUCUUCAUGUAGAGCAAGAAAAGUGCAAAGAUGCCAAUUAAGUUCAGUGGGUGGGAGGCUUGCUGUGAAAAUUCAAAGCACCUGCAACCAGGCCAGGCACCAAAAAAGAGCCACGGCUAUACUAUGUAUCAUGGGACCCACAAGAACAAUGCCUCGGCUAUCAUAUCAUCAGGAUUCAGGCCCUCUGCUGGAGGAACUCUGGGAGCUGGAGUCUACUGCAGCCGUGACAUUAACAAAGCCAUGGGCUACCCUGGGGGCUGUGGCCCCAAUGACAGAGUUGUGUUCAAGCUGCGUGUGCGAGUGGGAAAGGUGAAGAGGAUUGAUGCCCAGUGUAUGCACCUGAUGACCACUUGGCAUCAGCAUGGAUACAACACAGCCUGGCUACCCAGCAGCAUGUUUGGCUAUGAGGAAGACUGCGUUUGGGAUCCAAAACGGCUCAUUGUGGUGGGCAUAGCACACUGCAUGGACCCUGGUGUAAAGACUUCUUUGGAGAGUCUUAUAAAGCAGCAGGAAAAUGGAGCAAGAUACGGGCAGGCUGGGCCAGGGGGUGGUCUGUGUAAAGGCUGUGGGAUGCACACACAGGACAAACACACUCUGGAGACAUGCUGGAGCUGUCGAUCAGUCAUAUGUCCUUUCAUGGCAAAGCAUGUAUGCCCGAAAACCUGAGUACUGACCAACUGGGCAGUGAUAGCUCAGUGAUUAAGGUACUUGACUAAUAAUCAGAAGGUUGUCACUUCAAGACCUGUUGCUGCUUUUGGGUUCCUGAGCAAGGCCCUUAAAAAACCCUCAGUUGCUAUAAGUUGUAAUCAGUAAUAAAACAUUUUUUAAUAAAAAAGCAUCAGCUAAAAUGUUGUAAAUGUAAACUUCUUCAAGCAAAGGAAAUGGUUAAAAUUGAACUGGUGUGUUUGUGGCUCUGGAAGAAAAAAACAUCUUUAUAAAAAGGAGUAAUAAAACUAAAAAUGGUUCUGUCUAUUAAAAUAAUAUAAAAUAAAAAUCAUGGUUCCAUCAUUUACUGAUGAGCAUUUUUACACUAGGGGUAAGCACUUGGUUAUAGAAUCAUUUGCAUGUGACAUAAAAAACUACAUAUAUGAAUAAAAACAUAUACAGCUAUUUAUUGUGCAGAUGCUUAAAGGAAUACUAAUAGAACAAUGAUAAUCAUAACUUGUGAUAAGCAUGUAUAUCUAGUUCAUUGGUAAAAAGA